AUGACAGAGAACAUCACACAUCUUGACCUUCUAGUCUUAUCUUACUUGGACCGUAAAGUAGGAGAAGCUCUUCACUCAACCAUCUCGGAAGACCAAACGAAGGUUUUAGAUGGUAUCAUAGCACAAGGUCUGACAGAGAUAGCUAACACAGACAAUCGCAAGAAUCUUAUUGGAGACCCCUCCUCUGAAGGUGGUUUCAACCGAAAUUUCAGUCACCAGAAAACAGAAAAUAAAACAGAUUCAUCGUCGCCGCACCGGCCGGGACCAUCUCAAGAACCAGAGAGUGACGAAGACGACACGGGGCGAGGAAAAGGCUGGGAGAAGAAACCAAAUUACGGAUUUACCGGACCUUUACCCGCUGUUCCAGACCCUCCAUUGUGGAAAGACGAUCCGCCGAAGUGGUUGGAUCGCAAAACUGACACGGAACGUCGAGAGCUUGAAAAGGUGCAUCAGCAACCUUCUCACACUGUUUCGGCAGAAAUUGAAAGAAACAAAGCCUCGAGACGAUCGUCUACACUAACGUAUAUUUCGCCGCCGACAUCCCCGAGGAGAGACGAGUCAGGACCACAACUCCCUAUUUCACAUGAAACUAUCAGCAAAGUCACUCUGACCAACAGCCAGAACAACAUGCCCAAAAACGUUAAAUUCUCUCAUCAAGAUCCGAGGAGUCGACAUUAUUACUCGGACAGUGACUCUGCACUGAGUUACGCAGGUUACCCUGACGAUGGCGAAGGCAGGAGCCUUAUUAGAAGCAGGUCUGGUUCAUUGGAACUCAAGGAUGAACCAAAUAUCUCUGUUCCCCGGAGCAUGUUAAGGCAAAAUACAUUCUCAUCUGGAACCUCUCGAGGCCCCCCGGAACCGGCUGGAAACGCGGAAGAAGCGGUUGUUGAUUGGAGAUCCCAAGUCUGCACUGUAUUGAAUGCCAGUCAAGGCACAAAUGACAGAGAUUUAUUAUCAUCGCUGCUAGGCCUGAUGAAAGAUGGCGAAGCAGCCACGGAUAAAAAAACAAAGAAAAAGACAUCAAAGCCACCCCCGACAUAUGAAAUUCUCCACAGAGUUGAAUGUGCGAAAAGUAGCAAGUAUAAUGUUUACUACGACUCACCCAACUUUGACGAAAGUAAGAGCGGUAGCAAAUAUCAUCUUAGAGGCAAUCUGUCGGUUUCAGAAGACGAUCUAUCGAAUUUGAGCAAAGGGAAGACCGGAAACCUUUCUUUCCUGAUAUUCAAAGAAUACCAGUGCUGCCAAAAACAUGAUGACGAGUGGGGUGACAGCUGGGAAUCUUCGCUUUCUAAUGAUAGUCCCCCCAAAAAAGGUGCAAGGGUGAUUGACAGCCCACAAGACUUGUUCAUAAAAGACACCAUGCAACUCAUUUCAGAAGGAUUCUGUGUAGCUCUUCGUGCAAUGUCCAAGCUCACGGGCAGAGUGCCAGCAUGCUACCCAGAGUUCGUGACUUCAGCUAAACUUGAAGCGCCUUAUGCGUGGUAUUACAUUGACCGUCAUAUCUGGAAGGACUCUGUCGAAUCCUUGAAGAAAAAAGAUCAGCGCCAGAUCACGAUGUUCAUGAAGCAUGCCAACGAGCACAAUGGAAAUGAAUACGAAGAAAUAGAUUCCUUGUUAGAAAGGGGAUUCAUAACACCAAAAUAUCUUGAUUGCCUUUUUAUACCCCAACAACUAAUUGUGACCAAUCCUUCGACAAAGUCAAGUCGUCAGUCCAAAGGUGGUUCAGACCUUAUCGUCGCUUACAGACAACUAUCAAAACUAGCCAAGCCCAUCAAAAGAGGCUCAGAAGAUCGAUGGUACGAUGACACUUCGAUACGCAGGCACAAGCAGCCGACUUGCAGGCAAAUUAAAUACUCUUACUGGGAUUUCGAUGGAAACUUCCAGGAGAAUCAACACGAGAUCGAUGUCGAGUAUGAUGAUGCUGCUGUAGGACCAUUUCCCAUAUCCGGUCUUAAUGUGUAUCCUUUGAAAUACGCAGACGAAAGUAUCAAAGCCAAAUUGAUUGCGCGAGGGAAAAUGUUCUGGGCUUGUCGGGAGCGGAAAUAUGUUUAUUAUACCAACACUAAUCGUAACAAAGCGAGCUCUGGCCUUGACGGGAGAUUCAUGGUGGAUAUUGCUACAUACAAGAGAAUGCAUCCUGGGAAUUCGAUGAACAUCUCACAGUUUGAAGAUAAUUCAAUCGUAUCUCAAGACGAGCCACCGGGAGGAGAUUUUCUUUCGCUUCUCCCGCCGACGGUACUGGGCUUCAAUAUGCAGGAGAAGAAGUGGUUAACUUUGCCUGUCGAUCACCUCUCCGACGUCAAGUGGAACAAGCAAGCUUUUGAUAGUCUUGUCGUUGAUGCGGAGACUAAAACUUUGAUCACGGCGAUGGUCACCAAUCAAAUUGACGCUGAGAAAAAUACAGAUUUGAUCAGUGAUAAAGGAAAUGGACUUAUUGUGCUUUUACACGGUGGACCUGGAACUGGCAAGACCUUAACCGCUGAGAGUGUUGCUGAGCUAUCUGAGAAACCGCUUUAUCGUGUUACGUGUGGCGAUAUUGGAACCGAUCCAGAGGCUGUCGAAAAGUACCUGAAAACGGUGUUGCAUCUGGGCAAAGUAUGGGGAUGCGUGGUACUUCUAGAUGAAGCAGACGUGUUUUUGGAACAACGGACUCUGUCUGACUUGCAGCGAAAUGCACUCGUUUCUGUUUUCCUGCGCGUACUCGAGUAUUACGACGGCAUCCUGAUACUAACCAGCAAUCGCGUCGGUACCUUCGACGAAGCCUUCAAAUCCCGCAUCCAACUCUCCCUGCGCUACGAAAACCUCACUCGUCCGCAACGUCUGCAAGUCUGGGAGAACUUCAUCAACCGCCUUGAGAACUUCGACGACGGCGAAAUCGAUCUCGACGAUAUCCGCGCCCAUACUAAGGAGCUCGCAGCGUAUAACAUGAAUGGUAGACAUAUCCGGAAUGCGAUUACGACAGCCAGACAGCUGGCAAGGUACAAGAAGGCGCCGAUGAGCUAUGCGGAUUUGGUCCAUGUUAUUAAUGUGGCGGGGAAGUUUGAUAAGUAUUUACUGGAGAUGCAUGCGGGUGUUAGUGAGGAUGGGUUGGCUAGGGAAUAUGCUAUUCGAUGA